AUAGCAGUAGUGAGUGAGCAGUGAAUGACUAUUAAUACAGUAUUACUGUAUUAGAGUGUUGUCUAACAUAUGCAACAAAAGUGCAGUCAAUGUAUAGUUUGAGUGGUUUUUGAUGGUUAGGUGUCUUCAGUCGCUUCAAUCACUUGACUUCAAUCACACCCUAAACCACACAUUCAGUCAAUAAAUAUCCGAUUGUUUCGCGACUUUGAAGUCAAUUGUUGUCAUUUGAAGUGAUUUGAGUCACCAUUUGAUACGUUAAUCAAAAUAUUUGUUGAUUUGUGUGUUUUGUACGACUGAUUGUCUCAAGACUUUAAACCAAACAAAGACAACAACCCAUUGAAGACCAAAACCAAUCAAAUGGACGAUUUGGACGACGAAUGCAACUCUUCCGGUGCAGACAAUUGGGUCCCGAAGUAUACUAAUUGGGAGAUGGAGUGCAUCAAUAGGUUGGAGACAACACCCGAUUUGGACCAACAGAUUGAACUCGAGAAAGGAGGAAAUGCCCGCAAACUAUGGGUUCACUUCCAGACGGCCGCCUGUAGUAUCGCUCAGUUAUAUCAAAGCCGUGAACAGAAUGUUUCAGUUUGGAACCCCUUUCAAAACGCGGCCUCAGCGGUGACCACUCUAUACAAAGAAUGUAUUGAAUCUCAGAAACGUUUCUUUGAAUUUGGUCUCCAAAGUGGACAACAAAAGCGCAAUAAAGAGCUGUUGUCGUGGCUCAAGAAGAGGAAGCGUCAGAUCAGACGCGAAGACCUGAUCGCGUAUUUGUCGGGCGCCACAUCUCAGGGUCAUCCACUACACCAUCACUAUCAUCACCCGCACCACCGAACUUGGGGUUCACCCAAACCUCGUCUCUCCAUAAGUGACAGCACUGGUCGUUGCGCUUUCACUCGUCUUAGUCUUAGCGAUGGCUUAAGUGAUGGCAACUCUAACCUAAACACCGAUACCUCUAACACUACUGAUGAAACAGAUUUAGAGACAUUUCGUGAAGCACUCUCUUUCUCAGGAAUUAGAAGAAGUGGAUCUCCAGGUUCUCAGUCCUCCGAUCGCAACAAUAUUUAUCGUCAAAACAACAGAAGUCCGUCAAUACGUGUCUCAAAUCAUAGCAAUAAUUCAUACGAAGAAUUGGAUGCUUUUAUUAGUGAAGAGUACAACAGACACGUGGAGUCCCGCAAACGGGUAUUGGAAUCAACCAGUGAUGUGAUUAUGGACUCACCCACUCAUAAACGCUCAAAAUAUACAUAAUUAUAGUACUAUUGGUUAUUACAAUUAAAUCAAAUUACUAUUGUUUAAAUCAAUUAAUUGUUUUUAGUUCACAUAUCAGUUUAAAGG